AUUCCAGGGACACCGUAUGCCUACACUUUCGCGAAGCAGAGGACGAACAAGAGCGAAGAUGUGUAUCGCUGCGUGCAAUGCAGGAAGGAAAGCAGAAGACGUGGUGAGGACGUUCUAGGAGAUACCAUCAAGGUCAUUGGCGACGAAUUCCUCUCAGAUCCUAGCGAGCUCAGCCAUGAAUGCACCCCUGAAAAGUACGCUGAAGAACGGGGAAACAGAGCUGUCUAUGAGGAGCUUCAAAACGUCAGGAGCGAUUGCGCAUACGCCGAAAAGAAACCUGUGCAAAUCUAUUUUGAUAUCGUGGCUAAAGAUAGGAAUGUGGACAAUGAAGAGAUGGAAGACGCAAUAAGAGCCGCUAUCCGGAGGUCAGGCUAUCAAGCACGAAAGCAGGCAAUUGUGAAGAGCCUUGGAAAAUGGGUGGAUCGCUCGGCAACAAUGGAGAAUGUACCGCGAGAAUUUCAAAUUCUGCAAGAUGGCUCCCAAUUCCUGCAGUUCCAUGAGCCAGGGUUUCAUAUAUAUUACUCAACCCGAACCAUACAGGUGUUAAUAUGA